GUCUGGAUUGGUCCAGGGAGCAGAGAGGGCUGGCAAAAAGCCUCUAUAUAUUCCUCAGAGGGAGAAGCUGUUCCAGACACUUGGGAAGUUUUCAGAGUCUUGCUCUGCUGUUUAGAAUUUGUGCUCAAAACUGAGGAGCUAAGCCACCUGCCAAAAUGUGCAAAGGACUUGCGGCUUUGCCCCACUCAUGCCUGGAAAGGGCCAAGGAGAUUAAGAUCAAGUUGGGAAUUCUCCUCCAGAAGCCAGACUCAGCUGUUGACCUUGUCAUUCCAUACAAUGAGAAGCCAGAAAAACCAGCCAAGACCCAGAAACCUACCUUGGAUGAGGCCCUGCAGUGGCGUGACUGCCUGGACAAGCUCCUGCAGAACAACUAUGGACUUGCCAGCUUCAAAAGUUUCCUGAAGUCUGAAUUCAGUGAGGAGAACCUUGAGUUCUGGCUUGCCUGUGAGGACUAUAAGAAGAUCAAGUCCCCUGCCAAGAUGGCUGAGAAGGCAAAGAAAAUUUAUGAAGAAUUCAUCCAAACGGAGGCUCCUAAAGAGGUGAAUAUUGACCACUUCACAAAGGACAUCACCAUGAAGAACCUGGUGGAACCUUCCCUGAGCAGCUUUGAUGUGGCCCAGAAGAGAAUCUAUGCCCUGAUGGAAAAGGAUUCACUGCCUCGCUUUGUGCGCUCUGAGUUUUACCAGGAAUUGAUCAAGUAGUAAUUCAGUCGGGCUGUGAGAAUCACCCUGUGAGUUACUUCCCCCUUAAUGCCCUGCGUUUCCCAGCAGCCUGCGCAUCUUCCCACAGCAGCUUCAUUCAAAGAUACCCAAACAGGGAAAACCCCAGGGAGCGCCCGCUUACUCUUUCUGUGCACUUUGAUGUUUAUCUGUCCUUGGAAUGCCUUCCUGUCUUGGGGUCUUUUUCCUGUCUCGUUCUUAACUAAGUUCUACUCAGUGUGUUCUUGUCAAAGCUCAUCAGAAUUACAGAAACAUUCUGCUAAAGGCAUGCAAAUAUAAGACAAGAAUAUGAUAUCAUUGAAUGUAGAUCCAUUUGUUUUGGCUAACGAAUUCUCCAUCUAAACCGGUCUGAAAAGAAUGUGGAUGUAGAAAGACCAAUUUCAAUUGAUCUCAUUUGUUGUUUUAAUUCUGACCCGGGGCAACCACUCCUGUAUUUCUGAUUUCCGUUAGUAAAAGGUGAAACGAAUUGUAUGAAGCAGCCAUUAUUUGAUUUUUUUAAGCAAAUACAUUAUGUAAAAUAUCAAUUUUCCCUUUAGAGGGUCUUUGUGUUGGCUGGAGGUCACUAACAAGAGAUAUAACCAUGAAUGUUUCAAAAAUCAAUCUGAACACAAUCCAUAUUGAUUCUUUCCUUAUAUCUCUCUUAUACUCCCCACCGCCCGGUUACCAUAUUCUUUAUUAAAUCAAUGACCUGACAACAGAGUAUUUAAUAAAUGUAUAUAUAUGCCUUCAGUAUUUAGGAGCAAUGUUUCGAUUUUCAAAUUAUUUAAAAUCCAUGUGAGUAUAAAAUUCCAAAAUUUUCAACUCCAAUCAUGUCAAAUAAAACAGAUGCUGUCCAGCACGAUGUCCCUUACCUCAAUAUCAGGAGAGCCAUCUAUACACCAAGAUGGAAAAAUUCUGUCAAGCCUAAAAUGGUUAAUUACCCUAUGAUGCCAUCUGUUUAUUUAGAAAAUGAUGAUUUUCCUCAAAAUACCAAAUUAUCUUUAUAAUUUGACUACAUAUGAAGGCUUUCUAAGUAAGACAGAGUUUCAAAGAACCCUGCAUUUUGUGAAAUGAUGUAACUUUUUUUUAGCAUCCUAUCUUGCCUCCCUACUCUGUUCCCUCCAUUAGCGGAUCGUAUUUAUCCUGAAAGUGCACAGUUAUGCCCCAAUGUACCUUGCACGCAGCUGACUGAUAAGCCAUGGUAUUUUUUAGUAGUUUUUACCUUUUAAUUAUGUCUUUCAUUAUUGUUAAGGCUUGCUAGAUCUUUUUCAUUAUCUUUAGUAGAUUUGAUUAAGCAGUGAUUUACGUAAUUUAGUAAUAAAGAGAAUCAAGCUAACCAUGUACGAGGCUAACCAAGAUGAGGAUGUUGAGUUACUUUUGAAAGAAAGUAGCCGUGAAAGGUUGAAUAAAGUUCUAAAAUUUUGAAGGAGAAGA